UCAACGUUAGUUGACGAGCAAGUGGCUGCACGAGUAGAAGUUAAUAUUUUCCGCGCCUACGUUUAGAAAAGAAAACACACACACAAACACGAAAAAAGAGGAAAAUCAUGAGAUGCUUGGUCGACAUUGAAUGGCUCCUCAUUCGACGUCUUUCUCAACGCUCCGUUUUCUUGGCAAUUCUGGGGCUGGCCGUGAUAGUUCUGUGUGUCCACGUACUACCGGAUGAUUGGCAUCACCAGUUUAGAGGGAAACCUUUUCGUGAUGGCUAUACGGGCCCAUUCAGGUCAGUUUGCAGUCGCAAUGCUGAUCGGAGAGGUCCUCAUCAAAAAGUCAUUGGCUAUUCACUUUAUGGCAACUUAUCAUCGCCAAUUUUUGCCAGCAAAUAUUUAAGAUAUUUUAACGAGACACUUAGUAAAGUUCCUUUGGCCUAUCCAGGCUGGGUUGUGAGAAUUUAUCACAAUUUAACAAUGGACGAUGAUGAAGGAUGGAAAGUCCUUGAGAACACCAUAGAUUUCGGAGACCAUAUUGAUUUAUGCAAUGCAACUGAGCUAAUCAAGAAACUCAAUUUGGCCGACUUGUUUGCCAUGACCUGGCGCUGGCUGCCGUUGCUGGAUGAAAUGGUGGACAUUUUAAUGUCUCGUGACUCAGACACUGCGGUAAUACCUCGUGAAGAGGACGCCGUUCGUGAAUGGCUGGCAAGCGACCGAGCUUUUCACAUCAUGAGAGACCACCCUCACCACUGCGUAACCUUCGUUGGAUGUUGCUGGGGAGUGAAAAUCAGCCAAAAUCGUUCGGCAAUUGUUGACACAGCGCAAAAAAUGUUCCAUCAAAAUCAUCGGCAUACCUACGGCUAUGACCAACAAUUACUUAAUACACUCUUUUGGCCGAUAGCUCCAGCUAGCAUGAUAGCGCACGAUAGCUAUUGCUGUGAAAAAUUCCCGAAUAGUCAGCCGUAUCCGACGGAGAGAAGAGAUGGCUUAUUCGUAGGCAGGCCAGUGUAUACAGAAGCAAUACUGAAAGCUCCAUGUCCAAAAAAAUGUCGCCCAGCAAAUACCACGUCCGAAUGGACCGUUUGCUGAAAGGACGCACGUCAGCUAUAUAAUACAGUGGACGCCAACUGCAUCUUUCUCUUACAAGUCCUAUUUAACUUUUGGAAUUUUAUGUUCAAUUUUUUUAGCACCGAUCAGCCUACCAAUACCAACCUAUUCGUUGUUUGUUUGUUGUUGAUUUUUCCUUUAUCUAGAUCAGAACCUGAGGCCCUAUAAAAGCCUUUCCUGUUCAAUGUAUACAAUAUAGGUUAGUCUACCCAUAAGCGCAAUACAAACUUCAGGCACAGGUAA